GGCUGGCACUAUCCUUUCCUGUUCUAAUCCCUCAGUCCUGUUUCUUUGUGCUGAUGCUCUUUAUGUACGGUACAAAAAAACUUCAGAAUGCGAUUGACUUCAAACUUCAGCUUGACCCUGCUUUGGAGUGAAAAGUGAAGAGAUCUGAGGUCCCCAGUGUCCCCACCAGCCUCACCUCAACUCAAACCAGGAAGUGAGACGGACACAUUAUUACACAAAGUUCCACCUUGUGUUCAUAUAUGUUUAGAAUAUCUGCUGUUAUCUAACAAAUCCUUUAGGGAAUUUGUGAUGCUAGUUAACACCAUUACUUACUACUGUCUUUAAAUGCCAGUAACAGGAACAGUCACUGUAACUAAUGACUGUGACACAAGUAGUUUAGGUUAUUUGCACUUUUAGGCUAAUUAAUGUGUCAUGUUGGUCUGAAAGAUAGUUUAUCAUAACUGCUUUUUUCUGAGAUUAAUCAUCAGACGAGACAUACCUGGCACGGCAAACAAAAGCCCUCUAUCUGCUGUUAAAUUAGCUCUUAGGCCAGCAGCCCACUGAGCCAUGAUGGCUGACCCCUAUCAAAACAACGUAUACCACCAAGGAGGGGAUGACAGCUACGGGACUUAUGGAGAAGGUGGUGGCCAAGAGGGAUAUGGUUACCAGGCUAACUACCCUCCCCAGGAAGAGGACGCAGCAAGUGACGCAACAGAAGGACACGAUGAAGAGGAUCAAAUGUACGAAGGAGAAUAUCAAGGGAUACCACAUCCUGACGAAGUGAAGGCUGCACAGCGAGCCGCACGAGCUAAAUCUCGAGCAGCUGGCGGUGCAGUCUCUGAACUAGAGGAGUUGUCUGAACAAUACGAAGACAUCAUGGAGGACUGCGGUCACGGGAGGUUCCAGUGGACACUUUUCACAGUGCUGGGCCUGGCUCUGAUGGCUGAUGGAGUCGAGUGUUUUGUGGUUGCGUUUGUUCUGCCGUCUGCAGAAAAAGAUCUAUGUUUGUCCAAUGCAGAGAAAGGAAUGCUGGGUCUGAUGGUGUUUCUCAGCAUGAUGGUGGGGGCGUUCUUGUGGGGGGGUCUGGCAGACAAAGUCGGUCGUCGGCGUUGUCUCAUUGUGGCAUUGGCUAUAAACUGUAUCUUUGCCUUCCUGUCUUCGUUCGCCCAGGGCUACGGCUUCUUCCUCUUCUUCAGGCUGCUGUCUGGCAUUGGUAUUGGUGGCACAGUGCCGAUUGUGUACUCGUACUUCUCUGAGUUCCUUCAGAUGGACAAGAGGGGAGAGCACCUGUCCUGGUUGUGUAUGUUCUGGAUGAUCGGUGGGAUCUACGCUUCAUUCACUGCUUGGGGAAUAAUACCUAGAUAUGGCUGGGGUUUCAGUAUGGGUACAGAGUUCCAGUUCCACAGCUGGCGGGUGUUUGUCCUAGUGACAGCUCUUCCUGCUAUUGCCUCUCUGGUCGGACUCACCUUCAUGCCUGAGAGCCCCCGCUUCCUCUUGGAGAAUGCCAAGCAUGAUGAGGCAUGGAUGAUCCUGAAGCAGGUCCAUGACACCAACUGGAGAGCCAAAGGACAGCCAGAAAAAGUCUUUACUGUGACUCACAUCAAUGCUCCUAAGACAGCAGAGGAUGAGUUUAUUGAAAUUCAAGCUGCCACAGGAACAGCUGUACAGCGAUGGGCUGUACGCUCACUAACACUCUGUAAACUGGUGUUGAGGAACGUGGCAUCUCUCCUGUCUGCAGAGCUGAGGUUUUCUACACUCUUCAUGGCCAUCAUCUGGUUCUGCAUGGCUUUCAGUUACUAUGGUCUGUCUGUUUGGUUCCCUGACAUGAUCAAACACCUUCAGCAUGAGGAGUAUGAGUCCAAAGUCAAGGUGUUCCACAGAGAACGAGUGGAGAACUUCCAUUUUAACUUUUCUUUAGUUAACCAGAUCCAUAAAGAAGGGGAAUACAUCCAUGACAAGUUUAUCAGUAUAGAGAUGAAGUCAGUGAAGUUUGAGGACUCACUGUUUGAAGACUGUCACUUUGAGAACAUCAGGUCCACAGACACAGUGUUUGAGAACUGCACCAUCCGUUCCACUGUCUUCUAUAACACAGACUUGUGGGAGGAGAAAUUCAUCGACUGUAGGAUGGAGAACACCUCCUUUGAGCACAGCAAACAUGGGUGCCACCUAAACAUUGUUGAGGACAACGAUGUACUUAUUUACCUGGUCAGCUUCCUGGGCAGUCUGGCUGUGUUGCCAGGCAAUAUCAUCUCAGCACUCUACAUGGAGAAGAUUGGCAGGGUCAAGAUCAUAGGUGGAUCGAUGCUCAUUUCAGCAGGCUGUACCUUCUUCCUGUUCCUGAGCUUCAGCCAGUCGGCGAUCAUUGCACUGCAGUGUCUGUUCUGUGGCGUCAGUGUAGCUGCAUGGAAUGGCAUCGAUGUGGUGACCGUGGAACUGUACCCUGCUUCUAAAAGGGCCACAGCAUUUGGUGUCCUGAAUGCUCUUUGUAAGCUGGCAGCAGUUCUAGGCAGCACUGUCUUCUCCAGCUUUGUAGGCAUUACCAAAGCCAUUCCCAUCCUGCUGUCCUUCGCUGCGCUGGUGUGUGGCGGUCUGGUGGCCCUCAGACUUCCUGACACACGAGAGAAAAUCCUUCAGUGAGGUCAUGAGUCACACAGGAAGGGAGAAGGAGCACAUGUUCAUUUAUCGUUUAUUGUUUCCUGCCACUUUUCAGGCUUUUCAGCAAUAUCGCUAAUAAGCGCAGUGUGUUGAAAUUGUGAAAGAAGCCGUUGAAGUUUAGAAUCCUCUGAAAUUAAAGUUCCCUCUACUUCGUGUUUUACUGUCUUGUUGUCUGCUGUCAAUAAUCGUCUCAAUGUCUUGUGCUCUGACAGACGUCUUUGAGUUCUGGCUUGAUCUUAGUCACAUGCCAGGACACUGUGCUAGUCUCUAUUUAAGCUUUAUGCCUCUGAGUAGUCUGACUCACUGGAUGCACACUGUUGGUAUAAAAAUGACAUUAGAUGUGUCUCAAACAUCAUUGAGAUAUUGAAAUGUCUUCUUUUAGGUCAAUUUUUGCCAAAUAAGUAAAAACAUACAGGUAGCAUAUAGCCUUGUCAUUUCUUCUUACAUCCCAUUCCAUCAUUCCAUAGAGAGGCUUGAUAUCACUGAAUACUGCCCCAGUACAACUGUGCACGUUUACCUCUGUCUCUGUCGGACCUGGGGUUUUGGAUUGGUAUGUUCUCAGAAACAGAUGGAAGCUAGAUAACACUGUGUAUGUUCAGGGUGUAAAUGUUGCUCCCUUUCCUUUUUAAUCAACAUACAGUUAUUUUCAUCUUCCUCCUCACAUUUUUCUUGGAACUAAAAUGAAUAAUGGAAUUAUUGCACCAUCUCGUGGAAGAAUCUGUAAAUCACUGUCGGUUUGGUCUUACUGUUUGCAUGCACACUGCCUUCCUGACACUAAACUUGAGGAUGAAAAUGCUUGGGAAUUGAAAAUGAUGGUAUACUGUCAAUUGAUGAAUGGUGCAGGUGGAGGACAAAAGAUUGCAGAGAUUUGGAGGGAACAUGACGGGGGUAGCUUGGUAUAAAGGCAUAGGAAACUGCUUGUCAAGUCCAAAAAGCAUAAAACUGCUCCUAAAACUACAAUGUCAUUUUUUGGGAUACAUAUUCUUAAUUUGUUGAAUACAGAAGAUAUGAUUUGCUAGCCCACAGCUCAUGUUGGAUAUAUGCAGUGGUGUGAUGUAAGAUGGCACUCCAGUUACUUCUGUUCUAAACUACACACACUGAAGCUGAGCAAAUUAUAGAUGUGCGUGCUAGUGGACAGCAGGUUCAGUUUUUGUGUGUACAUAUGUCUGCCAUUUCUAAAAUCAACAGCCAGCUGACAUUAAGCAAUAGAUUGCUCUCUGUGCCACUCUGGUCUGUGCACCAGACUGUUGACAUUGCUUUUAACAUGUGUUGAUUUUACUGCAAAAACUAAAAUGCACUUGUUUCAGAUAAUGGUUAUAGCAAUGUGAAGUCUACUUCCUUCAUUUUAUGGUCACAUGACUUUUAUGCUUACCUAGAGACAGAGGUGGCCCAUUUUACCCACUGGACUCACUUCUUUCCCUCGUUCUCCCUUACAUAAUAAAAGGCAGUUUCAUAAAAGUGAUGAUUGUAGGCACCAUCCAUUCACAGUCAUAGCCUUCUUCUCUAUGUGUUUCUCACUUUCACCACUUAGGCUUUGCCCUUUCGCUUCAUCAACACUCAGUCAGCUACAGUCCUGUACUGCUGUGUAGGUGACUUCGUAGGUGAUUUUUUUUUUGCAUAUUUUGAUGUUGGAUAUAUAUUUAUUACAAAUGGUUUUGUGCUGCGACUGGAUGUAUAAAUGACUGCAUGUAUGUCUAAUGUUCCCACAUUGUAUGUUUCAGUGUGUCUGAACUAAUGUGUAAGCGAAACAUGGUCUGGGUCUGGACCAGUUUUUAUCACAUGAAGAAAGAACCAGCAGCACUCAGAUAGUCUAUAUAACAAAUGAUCACUGGUUUAGUUUACAGCUCCUCUAUCACUGGUGAGAAGCUACUGCUUAUAUUCCAAAAAUGCUUUUUGCCUGAUGAUGUUGCUGAGCAGACUAGGCAGAUCUUAAUGUCAACCUAUGCUGUUGGCUGCUUUGCUUUGAUCAAAGUUUGACUGUAAUCUUAAAGCCAAAAAUGUUCUCUGUGUCUCAAUGUCGGUAGAUGGGAAACUCCAUUUUUCUCCACUGUUGCUUUAUUGGCAUUAUCAUCACUAUUUUUAUGAGAUAGGCAUUCAUUAGCUGUUUCAGUGACAUAUCUUUGAUUACAGAAGAAAAAAACUCAUUAUCGUUAGUGUGGUGGUGCACAGAAAUAAAAAGAAUGCAAGAAAAAAACAGUGCAAUCACAAGGAGUGUUGAUUGUUGUGUCUGACCACUGUUGUGUCUCCUCGAAGGCCCACAUGGAAGUUUGUCUUGGAAUGAUGAGUGCGAGAUGUUUUUGGUACCAAUGGAUAUGCUACUUGUGAAAUAACCUUUUCAACAUCAUGUCAGUGCCAACAUGUUUCUGCUCCCAACUUGUCAAAAACGACAGCUUGGUCACAAGCCUUAAACCGGUGAUAUGUAGAUAUUUGUAUUUUGUGCAAUUUGGUGAAGGUCUGUACCUAAUCUGAGUGCAGUGAUCACAAUAACUACAUGACUUAUGUUACUUAUGUAAGUUCAGUUACGGCGCGUACACUAAUUACGUAAUUACAGUGUCACACUUGGAACAGUUGGGCAACUGACCAACCAGGCUGCUGUUGUUGACACGCUGGGAGUGAGAACAGGUCGCCAAAACAGAUGGAAAUUCAAAAUGUCAGCAAUUCUGAAAUAAAGUAAAACAAAAGUAAAGUGUAACAAUAUAAUUUAUAGGUUUCCUUUAAUUUUCAUAGAAAUUCAUGCAUGCAAUAUUGUCAAUAUGAUUUCUUACAUAAAAUGAAUUUGCAAAUCUUGUAAUCUUGUACUUAAGCUGUGGUAAAUUGUUUUUUUUUUUUUUUUUGUAACUCUGGUGUUGCCCCUGUGAUAAUAUUAUCUGCCACUUUUCACCGCACAACUGUUCCUUAUCUUCCAUGGUUGAAGACUGAUUGUGUCCUCUUGUGAGCCUAACAACCCUUCCAAACAGAGUUGCAGUACUUUGGGCCUAAUAAUAACAAUGAAAUGGCUUCUGAACCCUUUUAAUUCAUGUAUUUAAUUAUUUGGAUGCGUGUCUGACAUUGCUGUAAUGCAGAGAUGAAAAGCCAUAAUGUAUUCUUUGUUUGAAUAUUUUGUAUCUUAAAUUAUGUUCUUCUUUUCAUUGGUUCUGUGCAAAAUGUAUUGUUUGAAAUUCAUUUCUGUGUAUAUUUGUGGCUGUGAGAAAUCAGACUAAUUAAAGGAGUCCAUCAAUGUGCAGUCUUUCUGAUCAAAUUCAUGUACAGCUGCAUUCAGAUAGAAAAACAAGAGCUUAAAAUCUGAUCUUGACCUUGACAUGAUAACACAUUGAAAAAAAUGAAAUCCAAUAAAUCAAUACUACAUUCAAUUUGAAAGAGCAUCUGGAUUAGAUGGAUUUCUGUUCACCAAUCACACAUCAAAUUACAAACUAAUAGUUAUUUUAUGUUUGGAUGUGUGAUGCUUGUUAAAGAGAGAAAAUGUGUUUUGAGAUUGGGCCUUAGUAUCAAAGGCCCAGAUUCAGUGACAUUUGAAAAUGAAAUCUGUGUUGGAAGAAAAAAUACUUUAUUGUAUCACUUUUGUCCAGCUUCUGCGGGAGGUUGAAGAAAAGGUGCACACAACAACAGCAUAAAUGACAUCACAUCCUCGAGUGCCAACUGCAGCUGCCGCAUAACCUAAAACAAUACAGUGAAUGGAGAUCAGGAAGAAAGAGCAUCCGUAACAUCCACUACUUACAAAUGAUUAUAAUUCAGGUUCCAUCCGACCAUAUUUACAAAUUAUCAGGCUUUACCUGACAUAUUGUUGCAUAGUGCUCUUUGUAUUUUUUAUGGCAUGUACUUGAUUCUUGGUAGGAGCUCCAGGUUUUUGUUGUAUUUAUUGGUUUAUUGUUCAGA